CCCACGGCCGCUUCAGCCUCCCCUUCCUCCCCGCGGUGCCGACUGCUGCCGCCUCUGGGAGAUUGCUGGAGCAGAACGACGAGCAGAAGCAGGCGCUGCGUCUUCAGCUGUCAUCGAGUGUGUAGUCCGACUGGGAAAGGGGAACAGGGAGCUUCCCGCCCGCAGUGAGGCCGAGUGACACAUCGCAGGAGACAUGGGCUUCCACACAACUUUCUACCUUUCCUACAAACUGCGGCUCCUGUUGCUUUUCACUUUAUGCCUGACAGUGGUCGGGUGGGCCACCAGCAGCUACUUCAUGGGUCCUAUUCAAGAGACCCCGAAAGCAAAGGAUUUCAUUACUAAUUUCAAAGAGGCCAUGUUUUGGGGGAAGAAAAAUACUCCGAGUAACAAAGCCUCUGUGAAAACAGUCCUGGAGAGCUGCCCUCCUGUCUCUCCACACCUCAGAGGCCAGGACAAGCUCAUUUUCAAACCAGAUCUCACGCUGGAAGACGUGCAGGCAGAAAACCCCAAAGUGCACAGAGGCCGGUAUCGCCCUGAGGAAUGUAAGGCCUCACAGCGCGUCGCCAUCCUCAUUCCACACCGCAACAGAGAGAGGCACCUGACGUACCUGCUAGAGCACCUCCAUCCCUUCUUGCAGAGACAACAGCUGGAAUAUGGCAUCUAUGUCAUCCACCAGGCUGGAAGUAAAAAGUUUAAUCGAGCCAAACUCUUGAAUGUGGGCUAUCUAGAAGCUAUCAAGGAUGAAAUUUGGGACUGCUUUAUAUUCCACGAUGUGGACCUGGUGCCCGAAAAUGACUGGAAUCUUUACAAGUGCGAGGCUCAGCCCAAGCAUCUGGUGGUGGGCAGGAACAGCACCGGGUACAGGUUGCGUUACAGUGGAUAUUUUGGGGGUGUUACUGCCCUACGGCGAGAACAGUUUUUCAAGGUGAAUGGAUUCUCUAACAACUACUGGGGAUGGGGAGGCGAAGACGAUGACCUCAGACUCAGGGUUGAGCUUCAUAGAAUGAAAAUAAUCCGGCCGAUGCCCAAUGUGGGUAAAUACACUAUGAUCUUCCACACUAGAGACCAAGGCAAUGAGGUAAACGCAAAACGGAUGACGCUCUUACAUCAGGUUGCACGAGUCUGGAGAACAGAUGGGUUGAACAGUUGCGUUUAUAAAUUACUGUCUGUGGAUUAUAAUCCUUUAUACAUCAACAUCACAGUGGAUUUCUGGUCUAGCCCCUGACUCUGGAUUGUCUGGUGAAGUUCAGAAGAACUGAAUAUUUGAUGGCAAUAAUUUUGACCUACGGACUUCCCCUAGUAGCACACAUUAAGAACUUGUUGCAGCUAAUUAUGGAGCUGAAUUUUUCAUUUUUAUAUUUUCUUAGCAGAGCCCCUGGUAAGAGGGAAUAUAACACAAUUGUAACAAAACAGCUUUCUUCGUUGUUUUGAUCAUGAAGGUUAAAAUACUGUAAUACAGAUACUUGAAGAACUAAGUAUAAAAGAAAGACUCAAAAGAUAUCAUGCAGGCUACGUGAGAAUGUCGACUGAAGAUUUAAGUUUGAAGUGGUACCUUGUGGCAUUAAAAAGGCCGCAGGAAAUAAGAUUGCUGAAUGUCCCAGAGAAUUGGAAUUCCUCUUGAUGGAGGGAGAACGGUACGAAGAUGUACUUCUGUUGCUCACUUACCCUGCGUGGUCAUCUGUGAAGAGGCAGCCAUGGUACUGUGUAGGUGGCACACCUGCCGCUUACACCUUCCAGUGAGACCCCAGCAGAAAACAUUAUCUACUAGUUUUUAAGAUCAUUUUUGUAAAAUGAUUUUGUACCUGUAGGAUAUGAAUUAGCAGUUUACAAAUUAUAUGUGAACGAAUAAU